GGGAUCAUGGUCAUGCAGAAUUACAAUUUGGAGGAAAGUGUAUUGCAAUACAAAACGAUAACAGUCUUGGACUCGAAGAAUGUCUCCCCAUUCCACGCCAUCUACUACAGCUUCAUGUGUAAUACAUACACAGAUGAUUACUUGGUGGAAUUUCUGGAAAAGCUCAAAAAGGCGGGGCGUGUUAAUUACACGAAGACUCCCGAUAUGAAGAUUGAUGGAAUGAUGGAUAGAAUCGACGAAGUCCGGAAUAGACUCUAUAAUCUGUCUGAGAUUACCCUUGACGCUCAACUUGAAGCAACCAGCGGUAACGAUCAACUUCAAAAGCAAAUACAGGAUAUACAUCGUGAAGCAAACAUGAGUAACGAGCAACUUAAAAAGCAAAUGCAGGAUAUACAUCGUGAAGCAAACAUGAGUAACGAGCAACUUAAAAAGCAAAUGCAGGCUAUACUUGAGAAGCUGGAUAAGAAAACUGGUUUGAAAACUUGACUCUAGUGAAAUAAAUGAAAAUGUCCUGGGUUUGAC